AGCGGCGAUCCGAUAGCCUCGCUCCCCACUCUCUCUCUCUAAAAAAAAAAAAAAAAAAUCACGAGAAAGUUGGAGCAGAGGGAGAGAGAGAAAGAGAUAGAGGUAGAAAGUUGAGAAACAACCUCGCCAUUGUCAUCAAUGCUCCCAUUUUUUUCCUAAUCCCUUUCAUUUCGUUUUAUUUCGUUACAUGUGACAGCACAGCGUUCCAUUUAUUAAUGCCCUAAAUUUUUUCCUUCUUUUCUCCUUUCGCCAUUCAUUCACCCACUUUUUAUUUUAUUUUUUUGUAAUAUUUUUUUUCGGACUUUUAAAUCUGCUCAUUCGUAUGUGAAUGAAUUUCUGAGAGAGAUCAGAAAGAUUUAAUAAUAUAGUAAGAAGAAGAAGGAGGGGAAGAUGGAGAAGAAGAAGUAUCCGAUUGGACCGGAGAAUUACACUCUCUACGAAGAGGUCGGGCAGGGUGUGAGCGCUUCGGUGCACCGUGCUCUCUGUAAGCCCUUCAACGAGAUCGUCGCCAUCAAGAUUCUCGAUUUCGAACGUGGAAAUUGCGAUCUGAAUAGCGUUUCACGUGAAGCACAAACAAUGAUCUUGGUCGAUCAUCCGAAUGUCCUUAAAUCACACUGCUCCUUUGUCACUGACCAUAAUCUGUGGGUUGUCAUGCCGUACAUGUCUGGGGGAUCUUGUCUUCACAUACUGAAGGCUGCAUAUUCUGAUGGUUUUGAAGAAGUGGUUAUAGCAACCAUACUACGUGAAGUGUUGAAGGGUUUGGAUUAUCUUCAUCAUCAUGGGCACAUACAUAGAGAUGUCAAAGCUGGGAAUGUUCUCAUUGAUGCACGUGGUGCAAUCAAACUGGGAGAUUUUGGUGUUUCUGCCUACCUUUUUGAUUCAGGUGAUAGGCAGCGUGUGAGGAACACAUUUGUCGGGACACCUUGCUGGAUGGCGCCUGAAGUUAUGGAGCAGCUACACGGUUAUGACUUCAAGGCUGAUAUCUGGUCUUUUGGUAUAACUGCAUUGGAGCUUGCUCAUGGCCAUGCUCCGUUCUCUAAGUAUCCUCCGAUGAAGGUACUGCUUAUGACAUUGCAAAAUGCACCCCCUGGCCUUGAUUAUGAAAGGGACAGGAAGUUUUCUAAGUCAUUUAAGCAGAUGAUUGCUAGUUGCUUGGUAAAAGAUCCUUCAAAACGGCCUUCUGCAAAGAAGUUGUUGAAGCAUUCCUUCUUUAAGCAAGCCCGCUCAAAUGAUUAUAUUGCACGGACACUUUUGGAGGGGCUGCCUGCUCUUGGUGAUCGCAUUAAGGCAUUAAAGAGAAAGGAGGAGGAUAUGCUUGCACAAAAGAAAAUGCCAGAUGGACAGAAAGAGGAAAUCUCACAGAAUGAAUAUAAACGAGGAAUUAGUAGUUGGAACUUCAAUCUUGACGAUUUGAAGGCUCAGGCUUCCUUGAUCCAGGAUGUUGAUGACACCAUAACUGAUAAUAAUCAAGGAGGAAGCUCAAAUUCUUUAUCUGCGGUUGAUGCCCUUGAAAAGAAAUCACAGUUCCAAAACUCUUGCCAAGUUGCAGAUAUUGGAGAAAAUUAUGUGAUGCAGAAUCAAUCAAUGCCUCUUCCACUAGUCGACUCAACUAUUAAUGAAGCCAGAGUCAGAUCUUACAAAUCUGACGAUGAAUCCAGCAUUGCCAGUUCAUGGAAUUCUUCACCCCGUCAGGAUGAUCAUGCUGAAAGUGUUUUAGGUGAAAAGCCUAAUCUGGAGAACAAUGGGAAAAUAUCAGAGGGUAUGGCCAUUCCCUCUUAUCAGGGAAAGGGAAGUUCAUCAGCCAGCACAAGUGAUAGGUUGCAAAAUCAGUCCCAGAACACUGCAAAUUGCAAUGCAGCAACAGUUAUACUGGCAGUAGAUGAUGUUCUCUCUGAAGUUUCUUCUAGAGCAUCCAAAUCAUCAGCAAACAGUGAUGAACUUGAUGAGAAAGCGAAGGCACCAGUUGUUCAGCAGAAAGGGCGUUUUAAAGUUACAUCUGAGAAUGUUGAUUUUGAAAAGGUGGCCCCAACUCCUCUACUUCAAAAGAGUCACAGUAUGCAGGUGAUUACCUCGCAUCCUGCAAUUCCUCUACCAUCACCUGUAUUGUCGCCUAUACCAUCUCCUUCCGAUGCUACACCAUCAAAUCUUGCUGGCUAUUCUUUUUUCCCAGUGUUGCAUUCUGUUUUGCUGACAAAUAUUGUUCAAAGGGAGAGUAUUUUAAGUUUAAUGAAGCACAUUGCUGCUGGUGACUCUACAGCCAACCUUGCCGUCAAUGGAGACCUGCUGGCACAUAUUGCUGCAAUGGAGAAAUCUUUGCUUGAAUCAGCGCAUGAUCGGGAGAAGGAGUUGCUUCAUGAAAUAACUGAGUUGCAGUGGAGGCUCAUAUGUGCCCAAGACGAGCUCCAGAAAUUAAAAACAGAAAAUGCUCAGGUAUGAGUCCAUUAUCCAACCAGUGCUCGGGUAGAUGUAGAACAAAUUCUUCAAAGCCCAGAAUACUGACAAGUCUUAAAAAAAAAAAGGAAAUAAAAUUGCUAAGAGGUGUAUCACUUACCACUACAGGUUUAUAUUAUUGGUAUUAUAGGUCUCUUAUCUUGUAGUAGGUCAUGAGAAACCAAUUAUUACGUAGUUCACCAGCUAAUGCAGAUUCAUUGUUGGUAAAACCCAUGUACAUGAUUUUGGCUUUUUUUUUUUUGGUUCUUUAAAUUUUGCUAAGUUGUACAUAUAAAGCACCUUUG